CAUACACGCGCGUGCACUCAAGUGAAGUCAGUCAAGAAGCGCGAGCGGUGCGGAGACCCGUCAACUGUACGACCAGGAACGACCGCGUCUAUUAGACUACCGCUUAAAACUACACAGACUGAAAAAGCAUCUCUGGUGUUACACUGACUUGGAGAACUCUGGAACUGCAGGCCUGUUUGUGCAAUCAGAUUUUAUGAAGAUUUAAUCAUCAUCAAUGAGGACACUGAGCAUGGCUGUGUUCAACCAGCAGAAAGUGGAGGAUUUUUAUGAAAUUGGAGAGGAGCUUGGUAGUGGGCAGUUUGCUAUAGUGAAGCGGUGUAAGGAAAAAAGUACAGGUUUAGAGUUUGCAGCAAAGUUCAUAAAGAAGCGUCAAAGCAGAGUGAGCAGAAGAGGAGUACGGCGAGAAGAAAUAGAAAGAGAGGUGAACAUCCUACAGCAUCUGCAACACCCCAACAUCAUCUCCCUGCAUGAUGUCUAUGAGAACCGCACCGAUGUGGUACUCAUACUGGAACUGGUAUCUGGAGGAGAGCUCUUUGACUUUCUGGCCCAGAAGGAAUCUCUGAGUGAGGAGGAGGCCACCGAGUUUCUUAAACAGAUUCUAGAUGGGGUCCAUUACCUGCAUGCCAGAAAAAUAGCACAUUUUGAUUUAAAGCCUGAGAAUAUUAUGCUACUUGACAAAAAUGUUCCACUGCCACGAAUUAAACUUAUUGACUUUGGCUUGGCACAUAAAAUUGAAGAUGGAGUCGAAUUCAAAGAUAUUUUUGGGACACCAGAAUUUGUGGCCCCAGAGAUAGUCAACUAUGAGCCUUUGGGAUUGCCAGCAGACAUGUGGAGCAUUGGUGUCAUCACGUACAUCCUACUGAGUGGUGCUUCUCCAUUUCUGGGCGAGUCUAAACAGGAGACACUAGCAAAUAUUUCUGCUGUGAGCUAUGAAUUUGAUGAGGAAUUCUUCAGCAGCACUAGCGAGCUUGCUAAGAGCUUUAUUAGACAGCUUUUGACUAAAGACACAAGAAAGAGGCUCACAAUAGAAGGAGCUCUCAAGCACCCAUGGAUAAAGCCUAAGGACUGUAAACAAGCUAUGGUGCGCAGACAGUCUGUGGUCAACAUUGAGAAUUUUAGAAGACAGUACGCUCGCCGCAGGUGGAAGUUUUCCUUCAGGAUUGUAGCCCUGUGUAACCAUUUGUCACGGCUGAUGAAGAAACCGCAAGGCAGUCCAGAAGCAGUCCAAGACGCCUUUUAUGCGAGGGACUGUGAGAGCGACCAGGAGGAGGAAGUAGUACAAAAAAGAACCAGGACUAGGAAGAGAAGCAGCACCUCUUGAGGCCCUUCAGGUUUCUCUAGCUUAGACCAACGCAUCUGCAGUGGGCAGUAAGGCCCUAGUCUUAACUAACACUGAUAUGAAAGAGUCCAAGAUGUGUCUUUUACAUAUUUCUAUCUUUUUCUAAGAAAGAGAAACUGAGCCACGGUUAGUGGACACAUACCUUGGGAAUAUUAAGAAUAUACAGUGAUGCAGAUUUAGUAAGUGCCAAUACUGUGUUAUUAAUAUUGUGUGUGUUUUAAAGCUGUGCAAUUAUUUGAUGAACUUACAGGGGAAUUUUUGACUUUUACAUGUGUUUAUAAAGCCAAUGAGUGCAAUGUUACCAUGAAAGAUUCGUGAAGUGUUUUAGUUCUCUAAACUUCUUCCUUUUUAAGUGCUAUAACCUUCAAUUUCUCUUUUACACAAUCCUAUCGUCUUAAUAUGUGCCAUGAUAUUUUGCAUAUGGACUGUCGUGCUAUUUUAAGUCAAGUGUCAUUAUAUAAUUUAACAGUAAAGCUAAUGAACAUUUCCAAUAGCAAAUAUUUGUACAUAAUUGUCAUGCAAAUGUUUGUAUUAUGUAUGAAUGUUUGUAGAAAUAUAUGUACAAUAUGUAUGAAUGUAUGUAAAGUUAUGUGUUUGUGUGUUUGUAUGCUUGUCUUUAUGUACAGUACAGUAUGCAUGCAUGUAUAAAUUUAAUAUGAUUUGAGGUGACAAACGUGGGAAUUUUUUCUUACUGUCUUUUACAUUUUAAACUUAAAAGAACAAGAUUUGUCAGCUGUGACUUGUGAUAUUUUUAUAAAAGUAUAAAUAGACUUGAAUUGUUUUAGAAUUUACUGUUUUAUUGAAAAUGUUAUCCGUAUUUUUGUAAUCAGGCAAAAUGUGCUACCUCAGAACACACAUCGAGGAAAAAUGGUCGCACUCGCAUAGACUUGUUGGAAAUUUCCAAAUUUGCUUUUAUUUAAUUAGGUGUAAUGGAAAUGUAUCUCCUCCACCCCACCCCCACCAUUUAACUAGUGCAGUAAGAUUGGUCCAGUGAUGCCAUCUUUGUUGUAACACCUGUUGUAACACCUGUUGUUUUUCCAUAAGACAUGCUACACAUGCUUGCCGCUUAAACAUGCCGCUGUUCUGGGUAUGAAGUUCUAGAUGGUAUUUUCUGAGAUGAAGUGUAAUUAUCUAAAGGAAGAGAAGGUGCUCUUAUUAAUUCAUCAAACAAGCUAACUCUUAAGCUGCUUUGUCAAUACAGUAUCUCCCUUGACUUGGAAAUAUGACCCAGGAUGGGUGCUGUGUAAUGGACAAGCAUGACUGAUUACAUUUUAAAACAUUUUUGCACGUAUGGCCAAGCUGUAAACAUAUUUAAUUCUUUAUAAUAUUCUGUUUAAUAUUAAGGUUUAAUCUUUUGUGUGUUUCUAGGUUUACCUGCAUUUUACAAAAAGCUUUCUGUCUUGAAAUUUCCAAUUGCAAGAUGUGUGUGUGUGUGUGUGUGUGUGUGUAAAGUAAAAACUAGUCUAGGACUCUCAAAAUGUAAAAUGCUCCAUUUUUUAAAAGUGACCAACAAAUGUGUAUGUAUUUAUUAAAUUUCUUGUUUGCUCA